AUGGAAGUUCUAUCUCGUAUUUCAAUGGAUGGGACUUUCGACCAAGAGCGUCCCUUGCUGAAAUUGAGAAGAGGAAAGAAGAAUGAAUGUUAUUCCUUUGACUUCAAAUCGGCAACGGACCGUUGGCCAUUAAGUGUUAUGUAUUCCCUUAUGUCUUGUAUGUUUGGGUCUACAUUUGCAUCUUCAAUAGUCAACAUCUCUUUGGGUCUCAACACCUUUAUGGUUGGGAAACCAAUCACUAAAAGAAUGUAUGAGAUUGCAUUUCUUUGUGGUCAGCCGUUAGGUUACUAUGGAUCAUGGUCUCUCUUUUCGUUGUCCCAUCACUAUAUAGUGUAUUUAGCGGCGAAGAAAGCAUACCCGCAUCUUAAUCUUCCAUUUAAGGACUACGCUUUGUUAG